AUGAUGACGGAGAGAGUCUGCGCCUUUUCUGCUGCGGCCGCCUGCCGCCUCGCUGAGGCCCCGUUCUCGCUGAGCCACGUGCCCGUGUCUCCUGUCUCCCUUCUUUCUCGCCCCUCCCGGGCAAUCUCCGCUGCUCCUCUAUCCCUACGGCGCCAACUUCCAGCGGGGUGUGCUUCCCUAUGCUUCCCUGUUCUUACAGGAGGAACCCGAAGAACGUUCUCGUCCUCUUCCGCCUCUUCCUCUCCCGCUUCUCCUUCCUCCUCUUCCUCUCCCGCUUCUCCUUUCUCCUCUUCCUCUCCCGCUUCUCCUUUCUCCUCUUCCUCUCCCGCUUCUCCUUCCUCCUCUUCCUCUCCCGCUUCUCCUUCCUCCUCUUCUUCCGCUUCUCCUUCAUCCUCUUCUUCCGCUUCUCCUUCCUCCUCUUCUUCCGCUUCUCCUUCCUCUUCCUCGGUGCGUGCGCCUGACGGGGGCGGGAAACCUGCGGCGGAGUCAGUAAAGAAGACUGGAAAGUCGUUUUUUCUUUCUCUUUGUGAAUCUGAGGAGAAGAGAAAAACGGAGGACGCGAUCAAGAACUCGCAGGAGUUGUGGAAGAAAGAAACUGCGGCGAAGGACGCACACAGUGCAAAAACCCCCGAGCUGUACGACGGCCCGUUCUGGUUCAAGUUCUGGAGGAGAAAGAAGCGACCCGGAGCACGAGGCUAA